AUGGUACAAGUGACCGCACCAACUUUCCCGCCGACCCUUGUCGAUCUCAGCAGAAAUGCCUCUGUCAUAUCAUCAUCCUCCGAAACUGACAUCCUGGCGGAAUUGUCAAAGUCUCCCCGCCCACGACCAGCACGUACAUUCUCUUCCCCACGUUCUCAAAGCCCACAGUCCAGAACUGCUACUCCCUCCAGACCUCCAAAUUACCUUACUCGUGAACUCGGAGUAUCCAGCCAUCCACAACCAGAACCUGUACAAGCUCAACAGCAGACCAAGGAGAGGAGCAAGAGUAGGAAGGGAUCACGGGAGGCAAGUAGGGCGAGGAGUGCGAAUGGCAGACUGGGAGCACAAGAUUUUUCCUUUGGAGACACCCUUGGAGAAGGAUCUUACUCAACAGUAAUGCGCGCACAAUAUAUUCGAACUGGACAGGAAUACGCUAUCAAGAUCCUUGACAAGAACCAUCUAAUUCGAAAGGACAAGAUGCUCGUUGCCCUCGCAGAGAAGAACGUCCUCGUCAAACUGGGUGCCGGUCACCCUGGUAUCAUACACCUACACUGGACCUUUCAGGAUGAGUGGAGUCUAUUCUUCGUCCUUGACUUGGCGCCCAAUGGAGAGAUGCAAUCUCGCAUAUCACGCCUUGGCUCCCUAAGCCUCACCUCUUCCAGAUAUUACGCGGCACAAAUCAUCGACGCACUAGAAUAUAUCCAUGGGAAAGACGUCAUCCAUAGAGACCUCAAACCCGAAAACCUUCUUCUAGAUAGCCAGUUUCGAAUAAAGAUUACUGAUUUUGGUACCGGAAAGAUAUUAGAGAACGGAGCGGAGAAAGCCAACACAUUUGUGGGCACUGCGCAAUACGUCGCACCAGAGUUACUAGAGAGCAACGAGACAAGUAAGAGCUCGGAUCUCUGGGCACUCGGCUGUAUAAUCUAUCAAAUGAUCUCCGGCAGAUUCGCAUUCCAAGGCCUCAGCGAAUACCUCACCUGGCAAAAGAUCAAGUCUCUCGACUACACCUUCCCAGACGGAUUCGACGAAGAUGCCCAGGACCUCAUACGGCGUCUCUUCGUACGUGAACCGACACAGCGGCUCGGCGCCGGCGGUCCAGACUCUGCUCACUCAUACGCGGCACUUCGGGCACAUCCAUUUUUCGCGUCUGUGUCGUGGGAGACGCUGUGGACUGAUCCUGCACCUUCCUUGGAGGCGGGGCUGGUGAAGAAGGACGUGUCUGUGGCGGAUGAGGUGGAGGGGGCACAGUGGGAUGAUGUGGGGGAGAUGUGGGACCGAUUAGUGGGCGGGAAUGCUGAUGUGAGUAGUGGGAGUGGGGAGGGCGAGACACAACAUGCAGGGGGUGGGUAUGCGGAAGAGGGCCCGAUGGGAGAGAUGCCAGAUUAUAUCGUGUGGCAGUCAAGGGCUCGUGAGGGGAGGGUGAUGCCGGGGUUAGAAGAGGAUUUAGAGGAGACAGAGACGGUCCUUGGCGAGCGCGAGCACGACACUGCAUUACCGGACAUGCAAACAUCUCCACCACUAAUACCCCAGGCCGGAGCGGGACCUCUGUCACCAUCGGAAGCGUCUCCUGUCCCUACUGAGACCAUUCCCCCAGCUAUAUCAAUCCACGUCCCCAAAGUGAACGGACCAGGCUCAGGCUCCAGCUCUUCAGACGGGAGCCCCGUCGAAGGGGUGACAGCAGAUCUCACCGUGAAGCUGAGGAUUGGCUCAGAUGCGGCAGCGAAGCUAAAACCAAGUCUAUCGCGCGGACGGAAUCGCGCGCAGACUCCGGUACAGGGUAACGGGCCAUGUUCGAAUGCUGAUUGGUCAAGCCUUCUCUUACCGUCCGAACGCGUCCUCUUCCACACGCGCGUCGAGGCUCGGUCACCGAAACGUCGUGGUAGUAAACUACGUCUCCCGAUUAGCGCGAGUCUCACGAAGACGAAGACGCGGCAGCUGGUGCUUACUAGUAUGCGGUUGUUAUGCGUGAAGCAGAAGGACGGUGGUCAAAUGAGCUUGAAGAGUGAGGUCGGGUUGAGGGCUGGAGAUAAGGGCAAGGAGCGCGAGAAGCCAAGGGAAGCCAAGGAGAAAGAGCGGGACGCAAGUAAGGACUGCAGAAAUGUGAUUGAGAGCGCAGAGCCAAAAGGCGAGCGGGAGUUUGUUAUUUUGACUUCUAAUAGAUCACAGACAUACGCUGCAGAGACGAGCACUAUGUCUGCGAUGUGGGUGGAGAAGAUCAACGAGGCUCUCGUUCGGGGAAAUGCGCAUCUCCAGACACGGACUCAGACAUGA